UACAAUUAUGCCCAAAUAAGGUGCAAUGGCUUUCAUGGAGCUCAUCCAACCUGUGUAAGAGGAGGAAGGAGAAGGACCGAAGCGGGAAGAAGAAGAAGCCAAGGAGUGAUGUUGACAGAGUUGCAGCUGAAUUCAAGAAGAGAGUAGUUUCCGUUACUCUUGCCAAUAUCGGUAAGGCUGGACUAUCUGAGGAUGGUGGUCUUCAGGAUGCGGAGUCAGAUACUCCAUCUGUGAAGAGUGAAGAAACAAAAGAAGAUGCACCAUCUCAGCAUAAUUCUGGUGAUCAAGUGGAAAGAACGGAUAGUGGUAAUCAAACGGAAAUAAUGGAUGUUGACAGUAAACUGAAACAUGUUUUAGUCAUUAAAGCUUCUAAAGGAGGUUCUAGUGAUGAAGUACCAAGGCAGAAAAAUGCAUCAGAAGUGCAUGUAAAGGUCAAAGUGGAGGACGGGCAUGCUGGUAUUUUAUCGCAAGCUGAUGUUUCUGCUGCAUCUCAGAAGAGAAGGGAGGAUGAAGUUAAGGAAUCUGUCAAAGAAGAGGAUUUAAGCAAAGCUAUACAUGACUUGAGACAAUCCAAGGAUGAGAGCAAUUUUUCAGCGAGAUCCAAAUGGUCCGGAGAAGGCUAAGCCUUUAUCUUCUAGUUCGUGUCAGAGAAAUGAAAAGAUGAACCAACCAGUCACUCAACCACCGUCAGAGCUUUCUAAUCAUUCAAACUCCAUGCAUCCGCCAACAUCUGUAAACGAUGCUAACACUUUAGGUGAUGAUCAACAGGACUCGAGCAAAGCUGUAAAUUGUUUGAAACAAUCCAAGGAUGAGAGCGAUUUUGAUGGGGUUCCGAACAAUUCAACACAGGCUAAGCCGGCGUCUUCUGGCUUAUCUCAGAAAAAUGAGAAGUUGAACCCACCAAUCCCUCAACCACUCUCAAAGCGUCAUAGUCAUUCAACUUCCAUGCAUCCACCAACAUGUGCAAGUGCUACUACCACUUUAAGUGAUGAAGAUAUACUAUCAUAAGCUACUGCUUGCAUUACUUUUACAUCAAGAACUAAACAGCUCUCCUAGAGUUCCAAGGGUUCCACGCAUGCGUCAAGCAUCGGGUAUGCAUUUGACUUCUCAAUCUGCUCCAAGUAUGCUUUCAAAGCGCUCUUCACAUUCUGCAGGAAAAGAUCAGGUGUUUAGAAGCAAGAACAAAGAAGAGGCAUCCAGAGAUGGGUCUUGCAACUCCCAUGAGUCAAUAGAUGAAACAAAAAGGCUGGAAGAGCUAUGUCUAUUCCUGAUCGGAGAUGUCGAGAAUCAUACUUUGCAGAUGGUUCUGCCAAGAAGGAUUCACGGCAUCGGUCACCAGAUACUGUUGUGUCUUUGAAGAAGAACACAUCUUGUGUCUUCACUGAAGGUGAGAACGCCAGCCAAUCUUUCUUUGAGGCUAGCAGACAGAAUGUGUCAUCCGUGAAGGGUUUUCCUAGGGAUGCUUCAGAUGAUAAGACUACUCGCACUUUGCCUGGAUUAAUCAAUGAGAUCUUGAGCAAGCAGAAGUGUUCGUCAUACGAAGAACUAUGUGACGCUGUUCGUCCGCACUGGCACAAUGUUAGGAAGCCAAAUGGAGACCGGUAUGCUUAUUCUAGUCAUUCACAUGCUGUUUUGGAUUGCUUGAGGAACAGGAGUGAGUGGGCACAUCUCAUUGCCCGGGGCCCGAAGACCAAUUCUAGCAAGAGAAGACAGAAGACUGAUUCAGAUACACCAACCAUGGAAGAAACAAAUAAUGAAGAAGCAGAAACUAGAACUUCUUCAAGGGAGUUAGAUGACAAAAGUGGGGAUUCACACAGGGGAGAUUUUCCGAAGGGUAAGCGGAAGGCAAGGAAGCGUAGGAUGUUGAAGGUAAGAGGGCAGAGUGAGGAGUCCAAGAAGAGAAAGCGAACCACUAGCUCAGGAUCUGCCAUCCUAUCAGAGGACGAUGAUAGUGAUGAUGAUGAAGAAUUUGCUGGUGCAUUCUCCAAUUCGAACAAUAAGGGAGCUGAUGUGGAAUUCAGCGAGGAUGAGAGCCAUGGAGCUGUAGAAUGUACUCUUAGAACUGAGGCCUCAACUUCGACCAGCUCUGCAAGUUCAAGAUAAGAAAGUUUAUCCAAGGGUACAUAAUUGUGGGGAUGUGGUUACUUAAUGGAGUAGCGAUCCAUGGAGUGCUUCUUGAUUGAGUUUUAACUUGUUUUAGAACUCAAUUUUCAUCAUCAUCCAAAUUCAUCGAUACAUGACUAGUUUUCUUAUAGGCGCUUCUAGAUGUUCUUUGAAUCUUCCACUGUAUAUAAAGGCUAAAUGUUGGCUUUCUGUUUGGCUUUAAAUCUCAGAAGUUUAGCUUAUCCUUACAGUUAUAUGACCUUUUGGUUAGGUUCAGUUUGAAUUUGAAUAGCAAAAUGGAGUAUCUUGUAUGUGUACCAGAUUCUAGUUGAAGCAGUUCAUUUUGUAUUUUCAUUUGAGUAAAUCAAAAUUUUGAUCUGCUGUCAA